AUGCCUGCGUUGUCGGCAGUUUCCCGCAGGAAUAGAACAGUUUUCACUUCGAUACUCCUCAUGCUGCUCAUAAAAAAGAGGAAGCAAGUACGCGAGCAGCGGCAGCCUCGCCGUUGGUGGAUUCGCCCUGUUUUCUUGGCGCGUAAGCAAGAAGGCCUCUACCACACUGCGAUGAAACGGAUGCGCGAAGGCGAUCAUGAAUUUUUUUUUAAGUUCUAUCGAAUGACGCCAGCACUUUUUGAUGUGCUGCUCAGAUUUGUUGCUCAGGACCUGACAAAAAUCCACGUGUCGAGGGAAACUCUCGAGCCUGGUGAACGGCUUGCAAUAACCUUGAGUUACCUUGCAUCAGGGCAAGAUAUCCCCUCUGUUGCUCUGGCGUAUCGAGUGGGAAUCGAAACUGCCCGCUUGUGCAUUGAUGAAACGUGCGAAGCAAUCUGGGAAAGGCUAAAAGAUCAUGUCAUGAAGGGCACAUUUUCCAUAGUGCUGAUGGCUGUGGUGGACAGCGAUUGCAAAUAUGUGCUUGUGGACAUCGGUGCAGAAGGCCGCCAAAGCGAUGGGGGAAUAUUCAAGGAAUCAUCCUUUGGUCGUGACCUGUCUAAAGGCCGCCUUGACAUUCCAGCAGUUGGCACCCUACCAGCUUCGUAA